UCUUUUGAUUUUCACUUUCAGCACUACCAAGCUGAUGUUCCACCUCUGACAAGCUCAACUUGGGACACCAAGAAGCUCAGAGAGAGGAGUUAGACCAGCAUUGCUCAUAGCACACCCUCUUUUGCUCUGGAGAGUGACUCCAGAACAACUGCUCCAUCUUAGGAAUCGGUGGGAAGCCAUGCAUGUUAGGGUCACUCUUCUGUUGUUCUGGCUUGGGGUAUUACUGUCGAGUCCUGAUCUCUCCCAGAAUUUCAGCUCUGUGGAAGUGGUGAUCCCCCUGAGGGUGACGAGCAAGGGCAGAGGUGUAGGGUCCCCAGGAUGGCUCUCCUACAGCCUGCGGUUUGGGGGCCAGAGACACGUUGUCCACAUGAGGGUCAAGAGGCUCCUGAUUUCCACACACCUCCCUGUGUUCACCUACUCAGAGCAGCAUGCCCUCCAGGAGGAUUACCUCUUUGUCCCUGAGGACUGCUUCUAUCAUGGCUUUGUGGAGGGGGAUCCUGAGUCCCUGGUCGCUCUCAGCACCUGUUAUGGGGGUUUUCGAGGAAUGUUACAGAUAAACAACCUCAUGUAUGAAAUUGAACCGAUUGAGUACUCCACCACCUUUGAACACCUGGUGUCUCAGAUUGACAGUGAUGACACACAAUCCCCACCCAUGAGAUGUGGCUUAACAGAAGAGUUGAUAGCUCAGCAACUGGCAUUGCAAGCGUCAUAUAACUUCACUGUGGAACCACGUUCUCGACUGAAUUGGUGGACACACUGGCGCUAUAUUGAGCUGGCAGUGGUUGUGGACCAUGAGCGAUAUGUUUUCUCUCAAAGCAAUGAGUCACGAGUUCAGUAUGAUGUAUUUCAUGUUAUUAAUGCAGUGGAUGAAUAUUAUAAGCACAUGGAGGUUGAUGUCACUCUGAUGGGGAUGGAAAUCUGGACUACAAGCAACCUAAUAGACACCACUGGUGAUUUAGAGCCAGUCCUACAGAGAUUUUCCUUUUGGAAAUUUCUGGGUUUUGAUAGUCGUGUUCACAAUGAUGUUGCACAUCUUAUCAGAAAAGAAUUAUAUGGGAUUCAACUUGGUAUUGCCUAUGUUGGAGGAAUAUGUCUUCGUCUUUUAAACAGUGGAGUUAAUACUUUUGAUGAUGAUAAUUUAAUCAGUUUUGCAAACACUUUGAGUCAUGAACUGGGACAUAAUCUAGGUAUGUUGCAUGAUACUGAAACAUGUACAUGUGGAGAUCGGUUUUGCAUAAUGUAUCCCAGCAAACAGGACUCUCGUCGUUUCAGCAACUGCAGUUAUUCUCAAUAUAUGGAAACUGUGAUCAGUACUGGCACCUGCGUUCUCUCUCCUGCAAGACCACGGCACAUCACAAGGUUGCGAUUCUGUGGGAAUGGAGCAGUAGAAGAGGGGGAGGAGUGUGACUGUGGAUCCUUACGGGAGUGCACAAAAGAUCCGUGCUGCACAUCAACCUGCUCACUGAAGCCUGGGGCUGCUUGUGGUCAUGGAGCUUGUUGCAAAAAAUGCGAACUGCUGCCAUCUGGGACUGUAUGUAGGGAGAAGACCAAUGAGUGUGAUCUUCCAGAGUGGUGCAAUGGGACUUCACCUGAGUGUCCAGAAGACGUGUACCUACAGGACGGCAUUGAGUGUGGUACAAAUUCCUACUGCUAUCAAAAGUCUUGUAAUAGCCAUGACAUUCAGUGUAAAGAGAUUUUUGGCAAAGAGGCCUCGAGUGCGUCUGCCAGUUGUUACAGUGAAAUGAACACCCAAGGAGAUCGCUUUGGCCACUGUGGUAUUCCAGACACCACAUAUGUAAAAUGUACGGCUCCUGAUGUCAUGUGUGGGCGAGUCCAAUGUCAAAAUGUUUUCACACUUCCCGCAUUGAAAGAUCACUACACAGUGCAUCAAUCUCACAUCAACGGCACCACCUGCUGGGGCACAGAUUAUCAUUUAGGGAUGUCCAUACCUGACAUAGGUGAAGUGAAGGAUGGCACAGUGUGUGAUACAGGCAAGAUGUGCCUCAAGCAGAAGUGUGUUGCUAGGCUUCAACCAUCGGUAGACUGUCAGAGGCGGCACUGCAACAUGAGAGGUGUCUGCAAUAAUAAACAGCACUGUCACUGUCACUCAGGAUGGGCACCUCCCAACUGCACUGUGGAAGGCCUUGGAGGCAGUGUAGAUAGCGGUCCACCACCUCUACCUCCGGGUGCAACAAUACCACCUCCUGAAGAUUACCCAUCACCACCUCCAGAAAGCCCUACAACACCUGAUGCUAACCCAACCUCAACUGUGGAGAGCCCAGAAGUGACUGAAAAUCAUCACAUGCCAAGAACAAUUUUCACUUCUGCUUUAAUCUUCAUUCCUUUUGCCGUGUUUUGUUUGUGUUGCUGGCUUAUGCUAUGUAAGGAUAAUGAAAACGAAGAUGAAAUGCAGGAUAAUGAAGAUGAAAAGGAAGAAGAAGAAGAAGACAUGAGUGAAAUGUGA